GUGUACGCGCGUGUGUGUGCGUGCACCUCCGCCAGGCUGCCGCUGCCCCCGCGGCUGCAGCGACAGCGGCGAUGGGUGGCGCUGCGCCGUCACCUGACGCCAAGCGGCCGCGCCUGUCCGGCGAGCCGAGUGCUCACAACCGCGAGCUGGCGCACCUGGUGGCCGUGUGCGACAGCAGCCUGCCCUUCGUCUGCAUGCGCCACGAGCUGUCCGCUAUGGACAUCCCUCACCAGGGGCUGCAGGUGGAGGGAGACAACACGACCCUGGCCAUACGACUCCUCAAGAUCCCGCCGUGCAUGGAGGUGGGCGUGGAGGCGCGUGGCGAGCUGGAGCGCUCGCUGCUGGACUGCACCAUGCGGUUGCAGGGCCGCAACAACCGCACCUGGCUGGUGGAGCUGGCAUUCACAGGCUGCCCCGUGCACAGCACCUCGCCCAGAGAGCAGGGCCCCGUGCGCCGCGUCUACCUCACCUACGAGAGCCCCCCGGCACAGCCGGCCGGGAGCCGUCGCGUGCUCCACGCGUUCCUGGACGACUGGCGCUCCAUCUCACGCCUCUACAGCUGCGUGCUGGACUUCUCUCACACGCUGCACGAGACGACUAUUCACUUCAGUCAGUUUGCGGAGGUGCGGACUUACACCUACAAGAAGCUGGUGCUGUGUUACGGACCCAACAAGGGCAGCUCGAAUGCAAACAAACAACAUCCUCUGAUAAUAUUUCCAUCGUCCUUGACACUGAUCCCCGUGUUCCUGAUCCACGUGUUCCUGAUCCCCGUGUUCCUGAUCCACGUGUUCCUAACCCACGUGUUCAUGAUGUACGUGUUCCAGGUCCACGUGUUCCUGAUCCACGUGUUCCUGACCCACGCGUUCAUGACCCACGCGUUCCUGAUCUACGUGUUCCUGACCCAUGUGUUCCUGAUCCACACUCGAGAGGGCGCCACGCGCUCACAAUGA